GUGCUGAGUUAGGGGUUUCAGUAAUGCUCCCCUGGGCUCUGUCUCUAUCUGGAGGCUAUAAAAACCCAGCCAGAGGCUGCGGGACGUGUCACCUCCCUGGGCACCGGUGCCUCACCCCAGGUAAGCGCCGGAGCCUGGGGCAGCUGCCCUGUCACCGUGACUGGGGCCUGGGAGCAAGCAGUUGUGGGAACACGUGGAGGAGCAUCCAAGAUCUGGGGUUAGACCUCACCUUGGCACAGGAAGCAGUGGCAGUGGAUUGGGGGAUUGGGGGCUUGGGAGACUGGGGAAUCAGGGGUCAUCGCUGGCCAUGGCAGUGGCAGGGUGCUGAUACUCAGCGUGGGCACAUGGCCACCUCCGCAGCACUCCCAGCUCAGCACUCCUCUGCCUGCAGCGGCUGCAUGCACGGGAGCUUUGGCUCAGGGAUCUGCCAGUGGGAGGAGUCUCCCCGGGCAUGGGCAGGCAGUGCUAGGAUGGCUGCCAGGGCCAGGUGCCCACUGCUCUGCACAGCCCAGGCAGCAGCUCUGGGUGGGCAGGGAGAGCCCCAGCCCAUGCUUUUCUGCUCCAGCAGGAAGCAACUCCCUUUUUGCCCCCCAUGCCUCUGGUGAAGAGAUGUGCGUGGGCUCCUGAGGGCAUUUCAUCUGGGCAGAGGGGCAAUUUUGACAGUCCUGUUCCCCUGUGCCCUGGCAGAGCCACCAUGACCCACCGCUGCAAGAGAUCCUCCGGUCUCUGGAAGAUCGUGGUGUGGGAUGAGCCUUUUUUCCAGGGCAAGAAGCAUGAGUUCACCACUGACUGCUACAGCACCCUGGAUCAUGGCUUCAGCACUGUCCGCUCCUGCAGGAUCGAGAGCGGGGCGUGGGCAGGCUUCGAGCACUGCGGUUUCCAGGGGCAGCAGUUUGUGCUGGAGCGCGGCGAUUACCCGUGCUGGGAGGCGUGGAGCGGCAGCAACGCCUACCACGUGGAGAGGAUGUGCUCCUUCCGCCCCAUCGCCUGCGCCGACCACGGGCGCAGCCGGCUGAUGCUCUUUGAGCAGGAGAACUUCCAGGGCAAGCGGGCAGAGAUGAGCGACGACUGCCCCUCCCUGCCCGCCCUUGGCUGGGGCAGCAGCACCGUGGGCUCCUUCCUUGUCCGCUCCGGCGCGUGGGUCUGCUCGCAGUACCCGGGGUACCGAGGCUUCCAGUACCUCCUGGAGAGCGACAGCCCCGCGGGCGAAUACAAGCACGUGCGGGAGUGGGGCUCCCACGCUCAGACGGGCCAGGUCCAGUCCAUCCGCAGGGUCCAGCAGUGACCGCGGUGCUGGAGCCCCUGCACCACCGGCCACAUGCCCUGGGCACCGUCUGUCCUGUGGGGCAGUGGGGGCAAAGCUCAAUAAAGGCUCAGUUGUCCAAGGCGGCACUGGCAGUUGGGGAAGAGGGGACCAUGAGGGUGUGUGGUCGGGAGUGAUGUCAUGUAUGGAGGCAGAGUGAGGGGUCUGCAGGGGCACGGGUGGGGUGAGUGGGAUCUUUUCUGCCCCUGCAACCAGCACAUGUCACUGUCACAGGCAGGUAAAGCCCUGUGCCAGGCCAGCUGCAGGCUCAGAGGCUCUGCAGAACCCCCACAUCCCACUACCCUGUAGACCCCAUCUGCUCUACCAGCACCUGCCAGGGGCUGGAAGGAGCUGCAGGACUCAGCAAGUGGCAGGUGCAUCCCCACAUUCAUGCACACCCCUACACCCAUCCGAGCACUGAUCCCUUACUACCCUACACCCAGUGCGCAGCCAAAGCUGGAAAUGUGGCAGGAAAAGGCUGGUCUAGAAAAAUUCCUCAUUUCAGAAGAGCUCUGGAGAAAAGGUUUGAUGUGAUGAAAAUGUCCCAUCCAUGACAUUUGCAGUAGCAGGGCCACCAGUGGAGGGAAUGGGGAAUGCUGCCCAGAAAGGGAUUCUAUCCGCUGGAAUCACAAUAAAAAAGG